CUUUGUGUUUUGGUACAUAUUUCUCCGUGCUGUCAUAGGCUUCAGAUGUCAGCUCGGCGAUGUACAUUCUAACAAAGUUGUGUACAGUGUAUGGAUGUUAUAUGUGAAGAAAGAUAUUAUCGUUUAUAAAUUGAUAAAGUAAUUUAAAGCAUGUCACCGAUAUUAAAACAAGUAUUCGUAUCGGCAUCUCCCCAGUUGGCAGCAAUCUCGGCAGGCGGUCUCAUUGGAUAUCCCAGUGUUCUCUUGCAGCAGUUCAAAAGCAAUGAUAGUUCCAUAAUUGUUGAUGUCCAUACUGCAUCGUGGAUUGCAUCGGUACAUGGAUUAGCUGGAGUUCCAAGUCUUUUCAUUCCGUAUAUCAUGCAACAACAUGGAAGAAAGUUUGGCUUCCACAUUUGCUGUCUCCUAGUCAUUCUUGGGUGGAUCAUCAUAUACUUUGCAAGAAAUGCUACAACAAUCAUUGUUGGGGAGUCCUUCCAAGGCCUUGGCGCUAAAAGCCUCUUAGUUGUCAGCUAUUUGACAAUCAGUGAAAUGGUUGACCCAAAAUAUCGAAAUAUUCUAAUGCUGCUCUAUAAUAUAAACCAAACUGUUGGUGUGACUCUCGUACAUGUUAUGGGCAAGUUUUUGCAUUGGAAAACCAUUAGUUUAACCAUGAUCAUGCCAGUUGCAAUUGGUUUCUUACUGAGCUGUUCUUGGCCGGAGUCACCAGCGUGGUUAGCUUUAAAAGGCAGGUUUGAUGAGUGUAAGAAAUCCUUUAUAUGGCUGCGUGGAGCAGAUGAAGAUGCAAUCACAGAAAUGAAUGCCCUGUUAAAUUCUCAAAUAGAUAAUAGAAAUAACAAACCAAAGAAAACUAAUACAAUCGCAGCGCUUAAAGAAAUUUGGGGUAACAUCACGAGCAGAGACUUUUAUUUACCAAGUUUUCAUAUGUUUAUAUUAUUAUCUGUUUAUUACUGGAGUGGGAACUUAGUGUUUCUUGUGUAUGCUAUGAAUAUGGUGGAGAAUGUGACUAAAAAUGAGGAGUCCGCUUAUAUAGGGAUGGUUGUUAUGGACUGUGUUACGCUAUUAGGCAAUGCGACAGCAUAUAUAUUCUUUAAGUAUUAUAAUAACAAACCUGUACUAUUGUUUAGUGGUAUAGGCAGUGCAGUAUUUCUUCUGGCAUCUUCGAUUGUGUCGUACCUACAAUACCUGGAAAUAGUAUCGGAUGACUCGCUAUUAUGUUUGUACUUCUUAAUAGGAUUUAUGAUAGCUUCUAGUUUGGGAAUUUACACUACACCUUAUGUCAUGUCAUCAGAAAUAAUGCCUAUACAACAUAGAGGUAUAGGCGGUUCAUUGAUGGUUAUAAUUAUAUGUUCUUCCUAUAGUUUUACUCUCAAAAUCGCACCCUACUUGGUUAUGUAUUUGAAACUACACGGAACCUUUCUUUUGUAUUCAGUAACGUUAAGUGUAUGCCUAAUUUGGGUAUGGAAAUUUGUUCCCGAAACCAAAAAUAGAACUUUACAAAGUAUAGAAGAAAGUUACUUAAAUAAGAUUAAGGCAGAAAGUGUAGAACCUCAACCGGAGAGUCAAGCUAAUUUAAAUGUGAGGCUGGUAUUAAUUCAAAAGCCCCUAGAAUCAAACGAUGUACUUCAUACAGUAGUACCUGCUGAGGUAAUCCAGAGCCUUCUGGAACAUAAGGAAUGUAUUACUUAAAAUAUGUCUAAGUGUAAUCGAACUAACUGUGAUACAUUAUUGUAAUAAUAUCGCUGGCGGUAAUUAGUGGCAAGAUGUGAAUUUCAAGUGAAAAUAUAUGGCACAUUUUGUUGAACCUAAAAUGUAGUCCUAUCAAUACUACAAUGUAACAUACUUAAGCAACUAAAGAUAACAUGUAAAUUACUAUCAAUUAAUUCAAGUAACAACAGACUUCUUUAGCUUUCUAAAUUUUUAUCUGGUUUUAAUAUUUUAUUGUACUUUAAUAUAUGCCUUAUAUAUUUUUUUAAAAUAUUGUUAUCUACAUUAAUUAUCCCGAUUGUGUACUGCUUUUUUUCGGUCUUGUCGGUCCUGCUGACUCUGCUGCUGACGCCUGUUGUGUUUUUACGAUGCAUAUAUAACAUUUGCUAUUGCAAACCCGGGAUUUGAAACCAAAGUUGCAGUUGAACAGCUAGUAAGCCACUGGACUACUAAGGCAGUGUAAUAAAAAUAAACUGAGUUAACUGGUGUGUAUUUUUCAAGCAAUAUCAGUUUAAUUACUUUCGAGUCAACAUUUGUACAGCUCUUCAGUUCGGAGACAAUUAUUGUCUACGAUCACUGUCUCAAAUAAAUAACGUU